AUGGCUAAGGGAGGGCCGGACUUGAAACGCUACAUGGACAAGACGUUGUCGCUGAAGCUCAAUGGAAACAGAACAGUCAAGGGCGUCUUGCGAGGUUACGACCCGUUCAUGAACCUGGUGCUAGACGAGACGACAGACCCCGCCUCCUCCGACAAGAAGAUGGGGAUGGUCAUCAUCAGAGGAAACAGCGUCGUGCAGUUCGAGAUCCUCGACCCGCUCCGAUUCUAAAGCGACCCUGUUUGGUUCUGUAGACAUGUAUCGUACUCGUGGUGGCGCUAUUGAGCAACAAUUUCUGCGGCACACAGGAAAACGGGGUUGAAUGAUGAAUGUUUCCAGCGCCCUCUAGCUUGUGCUCGACACCGAGAUGGAUGUCUUCGUGUGGGAACUAGCUGACUGGUGGUGAGCGUCCCAAGUACGGGGGAGGUCUGCAACAGCAUAGUGUUGUUUGACGUUCGUUAGGCUGUUGAUUUCGGUGUUUUUUUUGUGGCUGUCUUUGCCCCAAGAAGGCCUUUGUUUUUGGAUCAUCGCCUGAGUCCGAUUCGCUCGUUGGUAGGAUAGUCCUACACC